ACAAAACUCACGCGGACUCUCCCAGUAGCUAUUGCUCUGUGGCCAGGGAGGUCACCUGACCUGUCACCGUUGGGUUGCCCCCUCUGCAAUCACUAGGUGUUGCCUCCAUCCUGAACACAGCUCAAAGCAGCGCGUUUUUUGGCAUCUACCUGUGGUCAGUCUCUGCCAUUUACGAGCUUUGUGCCCUUUGCUCGGUGCCCCUCUGAGCCUGUUUCUUCACCUAUGCAAAGAGAGUACUUUCAUCUACCCCCUACCCACCAGAGAUCAUGGAAAGUUCGAGCAAGCGUCUCUACGUGAAAGCGAUGUGGAAACAAUGAGGAACUAUGUGAAAAGGACUUUUCUGUUCGUGUUGCUUCUUUCUGUCUUUCUUCUCUUCUCUCUGACUUUAGUCCCGUCCUGCUAAUCUUUCUCUCCUCCUCCUCUUCCGUUUCUCUCUUUCUUCCAAACCAAAGUAAGUGCUACAGUGCACGCGUUACCAGGAAGGGCUGGAGUGGGACUGGAGCUGGAGCUAUUGGGACUGGUAAGGCUCCUUGGAAGAUGUGACAGUGGGGUUGGGCCUGGUGGAGGGGCGGGUGCUCCCGGCAGAGGGAAGAGCCGGAGAGAAGGCCUGCUGGCCUGGGAGACAGUGAGCGACUCCUGGUGUGAGGCUGGGCUGCCAGGCUGGGUGAGUGCCCUCCUCCUCCAUGGAGACUGGACCCCAGCCCAGGAAACAGCUGUCCUGAGAGGGGACUGGUCACUAGUUAAGAGUAGAAGGAGAGGCUGGACUACAGCUCAUGCCGGUGGGGCUCUGCCAGGAGAAAGCCGGGGGCAAGACCCUUGCCAGGGGCCUGGCUGGCACAGCAUGGAGCACUCCAGCAAGAUGGAGUUUUUCCAGAAGCUAGGCUACGACCGGGAGGAUGUGGUUCGGGUACUGGCCAAGCUGGGCCAGGACGCCCUGGUCAACGACGUGCUGCAGGAGCUGAUCCAGACCGGCAGCCGCCCCGGGGCCCACCCGAGCAGUGCCGCACCCCUGCUGGUCCCCAGGGGCUCCUGUGGGGCCCCGGACUCCAUCCAGCGCGGGCUGGGGGCCGAUCCCGAGGAGGAGUGCGGAGACCCAGCCAGCUCCUUGAGACCUAUCGUGAUCGACGGCAGCAACGUGGCCAUGAGCCAUGGAAAUAAAGAAGUCUUCUCUUGCCGGGGAAUCCAGCUGGCUGUGGACUGGUUCAGGGAAAGAGGACACACCUACAUCAAAGUUUUUGUCCCAUCCUGGAGGAAGGACCCCCCGAGAGCCGACACCCCCAUUAGAGAGCAGCAUGUGCUGGCGGAGCUGGAGCGCCAGGCGGUGCUCGUGUACACCCCGUCUCGCAAGGUGAAUGGCAAGCGCGUGGUCUGCUACGACGACCGCUACAUCGUGAAGGUGGCCUACGAGCGGGAUGGCGUCAUCGUCUCCAAUGACAACUACCGCGACCUGCAGAGCGAGAACCCCGAGUGGAAGUGGUUCAUUGAGCAGAGGCUGCUCAUGUUCUCCUUUGUCAACGACCGGUUCAUGCCUCCUGACGACCCCCUGGGCCGUCGGGGACCCACCCUGAGCAACUUCCUGAGCAGGAAGCCAAAGCCCCCGGAGCCCUCCUGGCAGCACUGCCCAUACGGCAAGAAAUGCACCUACGGCAUCAAGUGCAAGUUCUACCACCCGGAGAGGCCGCACCACACGCAGCUGGCGGUGGCCGACGAGCUUCGCGCCCAAACGCGCACCUGGCGGGGCGCGGGCGCCGACGAGGAGCGACCGAGGGCCCGGGCCGAGCAGGGCGGCCCCCCGAGCGCCCCCGCCGCCACCUGGCCCGGCCCCCGGGAGCCCGGCGCGCGCAGCCUGCCUCCGGCGCGGCGGGGGGCCGACGUGGCGGGCCUCGAGGGGGGCCUCUCCCGGCUCGCCCUCCGCGACGACCCGGGCGCCUUUGGGGCGCCCCCUCCCGGCCUCGCUCCCCGGCCACGCCGCCCCGAUUGGGUGGUGCCCGCGGCUCCCCUGUCCCUGCCCGCUCCGCCCGGCCUCCCGAACCCCCAGAGCCAGUCGGGCCCGCUGGCUCGGCCCCGGGCUGGGGACCGCCUCGGGGACCCGCAGAGUGACCUGCUACCCCGGGGGAGGCCGCCCACGGACCCCUGGUCCCUCCAGCACGCGGCCGCCCGGGGCCCGGGGCGCUCGGCCUGGGCGGAGCUGAGCUGGGGCGAAGGCGCCCGCUGGGGUCCUCUGGGGUCCGCGGCCAGCGCGGGGGACGCGCGCGCCCGAGCGCGCACGGAGCUUUGCAGCAUCUUCCCGCCGCACCAGGUGGACAGCGUCAUGGCCCUGUUUCCCACGCUCUCUGACGUCACCAGGCUUCUCCUCCUCAUCCAGAGGUUCCGCAGGUCCGACGCGCCCGUGGGAAACCCCUAAGGAGCGAGCCCCAGCCCCGGCCGGCCGGGACGUCUCCACUUUGCCGGUGGCUGCCCGCUUGCACCUGGGCCAGCCCCCCUGUGGGGGCUCCCUCUCCUCCGCCGCAGCCUCAGGGGCACCUGGUGACUGUUACCAAAGACGCCGGCUGCUCAGCGUCCUGCAGGGAAGGCGGCUACCUCCGUGGAGGGCGUGACUUCUCUUGUCUGCAAGACUACAGCCCCUCGGCUCCCGGGGCGUGUCUGGAACACUCAGGGCUGUUUCUUCCAACUGCAGUUGGGAUCCACAAAUGGGUCACACGGUGCAUGCAGGGGUCACACCAGCAAUGGAGUGGAGUAGGAAAUGUCGGCGCACGCCCCACACCAUCAGGCUAAGCCUAGGAAGCUCGCUUGUUAGCUAGGCGUGUGUGUGCUGUGUACCCAUGUAAACUUAGUAUGGGUCAUGGGCAUGGGUGUGAGAAAUCUGGGUAAAUGGUCUUGAAUCUCAUUGCAUCAAAUCAUGUUUGAAAUAUGUGGUCAGCUGGCCAGUGGAGGUUUUGGCAUCUGGAGGUUUUCCUAUGAGCUGUUUCUCUCAACCUCAUGGGGGCAACGCAGAGCUCUAGCCGGGAUGGUGGGCUCCACUGGCCACUCCGAACCUGUGUGCGUGCCUGCUGGUCUGUGGAGGUGCAGCAGGGGCACGUGGUCUUCACCGCCUCCACACAGUGCUCACACAUGCACACACACAUGCACUCUCACACACACACACACACACCAUUUGACUCAGAGAUAAGUGGUCCAGCAAAGGACCACUACUGGCCGAGGCUUCUAAACCACCCCUCCCAGCCCAGGCCCUUUUGCUCAGAAACCUCCAGGUUGGUCAGAGGCGCGCGGGGAUGAGCCUCAGUCAUGGAGGCGUAUUGCCACCUUGCACAGUUACUGCUUUCCCAGCCAGCCACUGCUUUGAGUUUGGGGCAGAAGUGGUCCACGCAUUCGCAAUGGACGAGAAAUGACAAUGGCAAAUGAUGUUGCCCGAGCAUGGACCUGUGUCCUCAGGCAUCUCUGAGUGGUGUCUACCUGUUCAUUCUGGAUUACAAGUCCAGUUCUGCAGGUCUCGUCUGAUUUGUUCCUAAAGGGACUUGGUGGCGUGGCUCUGGCAGAGGCAGUGAGGCGCCUCGCAAUGGGAAGCAAGCUGACAACCCCUGCAAGCUUCCUGCAGACUGGCAAGAGCAGGGGACACUCUUCUUAGUGUGUUCCUGGCUGCAUUGUUGGCACAGCCCAGGGUGCACCCCGGCAGAAUGUGCCCCUGGCCCUCUAAUUCAUGGUCAGUGCCGCCACUGGAGAUACCAUGACGUGCCUGCCUGUGAUCCGUUUCGUCUUUUUAAAAGUUUUAUGUUUUCAUUGAUUUCAGAGAAGGGAGGAGGAGUGAUAGAAACAUCAAUGAUGAGAGAGAAUCAUUGAUCGGCUGCCUCCUGCACUCUCCCCACUGGGAAUCAAGCCCACAACCCGGGCAUGUAGCCUGACUGGGAAUCAAACCUUGACCUCCUGGUUCAUAGGUCAACACUCAGCCAUUGAGCCACACCGGCCAGGUCCGUUUUGUCUUUUGAAACCAGAUUCUUAGCAUGGCUUCAGACAGAUCUGUUCCUCACCUCUUUUUUCCAAAAGAGUACACGGCACCUUAUUAUUUUGGGAUCUCAGUCCUGAAGAGGACCCACUCUUCCUAGGUACAUUGAAUUUCCCUCUUGGUCUUUCUUCCUUCCUUUCUGGCAAUGGGCUUUAUAUUUUAUCUUUUUGAUGUUUCUUUUUGAGUUUUUUCUUUUGACAAGACAAGCUUUAUGUUAGAGCUGCUUCUGUCCCCUGGGGCUGCCUCCUGCCAGUGGCAUCGCUGCCCGGCUGGCUUGCGGCUGGAAGCAUUAAACCGCUUCCUUGGAGGACAGGUUUGAGUGCUAGUAAGCUGUAAAGCUAUUUUACUUGACUCACUGUGAUUACGACAAGCACAGGACUCACAAGUGAAGAAACAGCACAUUUCAAUUAAUCCCCUUUGGAAUUUUUUCCAAAGUCUUGGUAUGUCUUUGUGACACAAAACAUGGAUGGGACGGGUAAAUGAAAUGUUCCUAGUUGCAUAGCUGUUGACAUGUUCCAAAAAUAAAUCACUUUUACCCACA